AAUCCAUAGUGGUUGAACUCUUCAAUGGCCACACUAAACUAAAUUAAUUUGUUACUUAGGGCAGAGACCAAAUUCCCAAUCUAUUUGAUGUAAGCAGAAUGAAUUGAAGAGAGAAAGAUCAGAGCAGGGAAAUGAUGGAGGAGAGCCAAGAAGAAUUUUUCCUAUGGGACGUGUUUCUGAGUUUCAGACGCGCCGAUACUCGCCACAACUUUACUGACACCUUAUACAAAGAGCUCGUACGUAACAAUAUCCGGACCUUUCUCGGUGACGAGUGUCUAGAGGGAGGAGACGAUGAUCUCGCCCCGUGCCUGUCGGCGGCGAUCAAGGAAUCGGCAUCAUACAUCGCAGUCAUAUCGGAGAACUACGCUUCGUCGAGGUGGCGUCUGGAAGAACUGGCACAGAUAUUGGAUUGCAAGCGUCGGUUGCUUCCGGUGUUCUACAAAGUGGAUCCUUCCGACGUCCGCAGGCAGAAGGGCCCCUUCGAAGAUGACUUCCUAUGCCACGAGCGACGUUAUGGGGAAGAAAACGUCCAGAGAUGGAGAAGAGCUAUGAAAGUCGCUGGGGACAAGAAGGGUUGGGAUUCAAAUACCUGGACGGAUGAUUUACAAUUGAUUCGAGACGUAGUUAAGACGAUAUUGCCUAAAGUGAAUAACAGUCCCCUGGGUGUGGCUAAACAUCCAGUUGGCAUCAAUUUGCGUGUAGCAGAGCUGGUGGAGCUGUUGGACAUGAGAUCCAAUGAUGUCCGAGUUGUUGGAUUUCAUGGGAUGGGUGGGGUUGGCAAGACCACCCUAGCUAAGGCUGUUUACAAUCGGCUCGCUGCUCACUUUAACUAUCGUUGCUUCAUUCCAAAUAUUAGAGACGCUUCAAAAAAACAUAAUGGUUUGGUUUCCCUUAAAGAGAAACUUGACCAUGAAUUUAAUAAAGUGCACUGUGGAGAUGAGGUUGUUAGAGGUGUCAUUGAUAUUUCUGAGAAGCGAGUUCUUAUUGUUCUUGAUGAUGUUGAUGAAGCAGAGCAACUUCAUGCUCUAGUUGGGAACAGUGGUUGGCUUUAUAAAGGAAAUAUGAUCAUUAUCACCACUAGAAAUAAAGAAGUUCUAAGAGAAGACUUUGUGAACCUUGUCUAUGAGGUGAAAGAAUUAAGUUCUUCUGAGUCACUCCAACUCUUCAGUUAUCAUGCAUUUGGAAGAGGAAAACCGGCGGAAAAUUUCUUGCAUCUCUCUGAGAAAAUUGUGUCCCUCACAGGAGGACUGCCUUUGGCAUUAGAAGUUUUUGGUGCUUCAAUGUUCAAUAAGAAAAAGGAGAAGGAAUGGGAAGCCGCAGUGGAGAAGUUGAGAAAUAUUCAACCAGCUCAUCUUGAAGAAGUGUUGAAGAUAAGUUAUGAUGGGCUAGAUGAAGAAGAGAGAUGUAUAUUCCUUGACAUUGCAUGUUUCUUUGUCUCAAAAGGUAUGGAGAUAGAAAGUGCUAUUGACAUAUUUAAGGGCUGCGGUUUCAAUGCCGAGGAGACAAUCAAAGUCCUCACUGGAAAAUCUCUUAUUAAGAUUUUGGAUGACAAUACCUUGUGGAUGCAUGAUCAACUUAGAGCUAUGGGACAAGCAAUAGUUCGACAAGAAGACCUUACAAAUCCUGGUAAGCGGAGUAGAUUGUGGGAUCGUGAUGAUGUAAUGGCUGUUUUGGAUUCUGACAAGGGUACAGGAGUGAUUCAAGGCAUCAUCCUUGACUUUGGAGAUAAUUCAGAAUCUAAAGAAAUUGCUAAGAUCAGCAACCCAACACAUUCCAUUAUUACAUGCUUGAAGGAAAUCCUUGAGAAAAUUCUUGAUUUUAAGCAACAGAAAGAUAAAGAAGCCAAGUUGUGCACUGGACCAUUUCAACCAAUGGUUAACCUGAGACUACUUCAGAUCAAUCAUGUGAAAUUGAAGGGAGCCUUCAACCAUUUCCCUCCUGAUCUAAAAUGGCUACAAUGGAAAGGAUGUCCUUUGGAAGUUCUUCCUUCUGACUUUUGUCCUCCGAAACUUGCUGUCCUCGAUUUGUCGAGGAGCAAGAUCAAACAAGUAUGGAGCCAAAGACCAUGGUGGGGCCGGUACAAGAUGACUGAGGAUCUGCAGGUUUUGAAUCUCUAUGGUUGCCAUAGCCUAACUGCUACACCUGAUUUCUCUGAGCACCCAAAAUUGGUAAAACUGAUUCUUGAAGGUUGUAUUGAACUGAGACAGAUCCAUAAAUCGAUUGGUGAUCUUAGCAAGUUACGUCACUUUAACCUUAGGAGAUGUGAGAAUCUGGAGGAGUUUCCAGGUGAAAUUACCGGGUUGAGAAAACUGGAAACCCUUAUACUCUCUAGUUGCAGCAAGUUGACAAAAUUACCCAACGAUAUGAGACCCAUGAAGUCUUUAACAGAGCUUCUGCUUGAUGACACUGCUAUAGUGAAACUACCUGAUUCUAUAUUCCAUCUUGAGAAACUUGAGAGGCUUGAUCUCAAAAAUUGUUUGUCACUGAAGAAACUACCCAUCUCCGUUGGAAAAUUACUCUCUCUAAGAGAGCUUACUCUCAGUGGUUCUGCUGUGGAAGAAAUUCCUGAAUCCAUAGGAUCAUUGAAAAAUCUCGAAAGACUAAGUUUGGUGGGGUGCAAAUCAAUCACUGCAAUUCCUGAUUCCUUCCACAAUCUGACGUCAUUAUUGGGACUUUUUCUUGAUCAUAGUUCAAUCGAAGAACUGCCAAAUUCCAUUGGCUGUCUUUCCCAUUUGGAGCACUUGUCAUUGACUUAUUGCAGGUCCCUUAGCAAAUUGCCUGCUUCCAUUGGAUUAUUAGCAUCUUUGGUUGAACUUCAUCUAAAUAGGACACCAAUCACAGAACUGCCAGAUCAGAUUGGAGACUUGAACAUCCUUGAGAAGAUUGUGAUGAUUGAUUGUAAAUUGCUUACCUUUUUACCAAAUUCAAUUGGAAAGAUGUUUAAUCUAACCACUUUGAUCCUACAAAAUUGCAUCUUAACAGAAUUGCCAGAGUCCAUAUGUUUAUUGGAGAAGCUCGAGGUUUUGAAAGUCAACAAAUGUAAACAACUCAGGCGAAUUCCAGAGUCAAUUGGAAAACUAAGCAAUUUAUGCCAGCUCCAAUUAGAGGAAACUGCUGUAGCAGUACUCCCUGAAGAUUUUGGAAAGCUUUCAAACUUAAGGAUGUUGAAAAUGGCAAAAAGGCCACAAUCUGAAGAGCCCCGAAAUGUUGAAGAAUGUUCAGCACUAAAAUGCCCCCAGAAGUCCAUGGUUCUUCCAAUUUCUUUUUCAAAUCUCUCUUUACUAUAUGAGCUUGAUGCUCGUUACUGCAAUAUAUCCGGGGCAAUUCCUAAUGGCUUUGACAAACUGUCAUCAUUACAGACUCUGAAACUAGGCCACAACAAUAUCUGCAGCCUUCCAUCUAGCCUGAGGGGGCUUUCUGUUCUCACAAAACUUUCUUUACCGUAUUGUGCAGAGCUCAAGUCUCUUCCUCCGCUUCCCUCUAGUUUGGUUAGUGUGGAUGUUACAGAUUGCAUUGCACUGGAAACUAUAUCUGAUCUGUCAAACUUGGAGAAGUUAGAAGAGUUGUGCCUUGCAAAUUGCCAGAAAUUAGUGGAUAUUCCAGGUGUUGAAUGUUUGAAGUCCUUAAUAAGGUUCUACAUGAGUGGUUGCACCACAUGUCAUACAGUCGUAAAGAGAAGACUCUCCAAGGUCACUCUGAAGCAAAUUCACUACUUGAGUGCUCCAGGAAGUGAAAUUCCAAACUGGUUUGUUCCAGAACUGCCGAGCUUUUCAAGCCUCAAGAACCGCAGGCUUAAGGGUGUUGUUAUAUGUGUUGUUAUAUCUCUUGACCAACAGAUACAGAGACCGGAAUACCCUGGAAUAGUGGACAUUGGAGUAGAAAUCCUUGAUAACAGACUCGGGCAAAAGUACAGUUCCAUAUUUUACUUGCUUGGAGUUCCAAAGACCAACGAAGAUCAAUUUUAUUUCUGUCGGUAUCCAGAAUGGCAUCGACUAGUUACUCACUUCCAUGAUGGCUAUAAAAUGCAAGUGACACUGCGCAAUCCACCGAUUUUUACAGGACUUGAACUGAAGAAGUAUGGGAUCCAUCUGGUUUUUGAAGAUGAUGACAACUACGAUGGUGAUGAAGAAUCAUUGGAUGAAACCCACCUAUCUCUUUCGGAGAAACUGGCGAAGUUUCUCAGCUCCUUGUAAUUGGUUUAAAGCUUUGAGGUCGCAUUCUUGUGAAUUAGGGAAAGGAACAGUUGAAGCAGGAAGUUGUACUAUCAACCUUGGGAAUCUUUCCUUCUCCUCCCCUUCCCCUGUCCUUGUUGGCUAUUGCUGUUCUGUGCUUCCCCCAGUUCCUGGUGGCUAUUGCUGUUCUGUGCUUUUUGUGUAUAUUUUGUAAACUAUUACUUCUAAGAAACUAUAUUAAAUUGUGUUGCUUUGUUUCCCCUCCACUAAUCUUUCAGAACUGUAAUGGAGACUUGAACUUUCACAUGCUUUGGGAUUUGUGUUAUUGGUAUUUGAUUAAUGUGAACACUUGAAUUCUAUUUUA